AUGGGGACGUUUGUGAGAAGGGGUUGGGUAGUGGCGUGUGUGAUAAUGUUACUAAUGUCGAGUCAAGUGUUGGGACAAUUAUAUGAUACAAAUGGUCAUCACCAUGGCAAAAGACGACAUCACAAAAGUAAAAGAAUCGGUGCUGGUUCUGGUGCUAGUGGAGGUGGAGGUGUAGGAGGUGGUGCAGGAGCAGGAGGCGGUGCUAGUGGUGGCAUUGGAGUUGGAGGUGGAGUUGGCGGAGGAGGAGGUAUAGGUGGUGGUACUGGAGGAGGUGUAGGUGGCGGUAUUGGAGCCGGAGGAGGAGCUGGCGGUGGCAUUGGAGGUGGUGCAGGAGCCGGAGGAGGUGGAGGUGGUAGUGGAGGUGGACGUCGUGGUGGAAAAGGUCGUGGUGGUGGAAGUGGUGGCGUUGGAGGAGGUGGAAGUGGCAGUAUUGGUGGAGGAGGAGGAGGUGGUGGACAAGCUGGUGGAGGUGUAGGAGUCGGAGGAGGAGUUGGUGGAGGUGGCAGUGUUGGUGGAGGAAGCCGUGGUGGUGGAAAAAUCGGAGGAGGAGGUCGUGGUCGUGGUGGUGGUAGUGCUGGUGGUAGUGUCGGAGGAGGUACUGGAGGCGUUGUUGGAGGUGGUGUAGGCGGCGGAACUGGUGCAGGUGGUGUUAUCGGAGGUGGAGGUAGUGCCGGUGGUUCUGGAAGAGGUAGUGUUGGAGGAGGGGCUGGAGGUGGUGUAGGCGGCGGCGCUGGUGCAGGUGGUUCUGUUGGAGGUGGAGGAAGUGUCGGUGGUGCUGUUGGCGGUGGAGGUAGUGUCGGUGGUUCUGCAGGGGGUAGUGUUGGAGGCGCUGUUGGAGGUGGUGUAGGCAGCGGAGCUGGUGCAGGUGGUGUUAUUGGAGGUGGAGGUAGUGCUGGUGGUUCUGGAAGAGGUAGUUUUGGAGGAGGUGUAGGCGGCGGAGCUGGUGCAGGUGGUUCUGUCGGAGGUGGAGGUAGUGUCGGUGGUGUUGUCGGCGGUGGAGGUAGUGCUGGCGGUUCUGGAAGAGGUAGUGUUAGAGGAGGUGCUGGAGGCGUUGUUGGAGGUGGUGUAGGGGUAGGGGGCGGAGCUGGUGCUAUUGGAGGUGGAGGUAGUGCUGGUGGUUCUGGAAGAGGUAAUGUUGGAGGAGGUGCUGGAGGUAAUGUGGGCGGCGGAGCUGGUGCAAGUGGUUCUGUCGGCGGUGGAGGUAGUGCCAGUGGUUCUGGAAGAGGUAGUGUUGGAGGAGGUGCUGGAGGUGGAGCUGGUGCAGGAGGUGUUAUCGGAGGUGGAGGUAGUGCUGGUGGUGUUAUUGGAGGUGGAGGUAGUGUUGGUGGUUCUGGAAGAGGUAGUGUUGGAGGAGGUGCUGGAGGUGGUGUAGGCAGCGGAGCUGGUGCAGGUGGUUCUGUUGGAGGUGGAGGUGGAGGUAGUGCUGGUGGUGUUAUUGGAGGUGGAGCUGGUGCAGGUGGUGUUAUCGGAGGUGGAGGUAGUGCUGGUGGUGUUAUUGGAGGUGGAGGCAGUGCGGGUGGUUCUGGAAGAGGUAGUGUUGGAGGUGGUGCUGGAGGUAGUGUAGGCAGCGGGGCUGGUGGAGGUGGUUCUGUUGGAGGUGGAGGUAGUGCUGGUGGUGUUAUUGGAGGUGGAGCUGAUGCAGGUGGUGUUAUCGGAGGUGGAGGUAGUGCUGGUGGUGUUAUUGGAGGUGGAGGUAGUGCCGGUGGUUCUGGAAGAGGUAGUGUUGGAGGAGGUGCUGGAGGUGGUGUAGGCGGCGGAGGUGGUGUAGGCGGCGGAGCUGGUGCCGGUGGUUCUGUCGGAGGUGGAGGAAGUGUCGGUGGUGCUGUUGGCGGUGGAGGUAGUGCCAGUGGUUCUGGAGGGGGUAGUGUUGGAGGAGGUGUUGGAGGCGUUGUUGGAGGUGGUGUAGGCGGCGGAGCUGGUGCAGGAGGUGUUAUCGGAGGUGGAGGUAGUGCUGGUGGUGUUAUUGGAGGUGGAGGCAGUGCGGGUGGUUCUGGAAGAGGUAGUGUUGGAGGUGGUGCUGGAGGUAGUGUAGGCAGCGGCGCUGGUGCAGGUGGUUCUGUUGGAGGUGGAGCUGGUGCAGGUGGUGUUAUCGGUGGUGUUAUUGGAGGUGGAGGUAGUGCGGGUGGUUCUGGAAGAGGUAAUGUUGGAGGAGGUGUAGGCGGGGGAGCUGGUGCAGGUGGUUCUGUCGGAGGUGGAGGUAGUGUUGGUGGUGCUGUUGGCGGUGGAGGUAGUGCCGGUGGUUCUGGAGGGGGUAGUGUUGGAGGAGGUGCUGGAGGCGUUGUUGGAGGUGGAGUAGGCGGUGGAAGUAGUGUUGGUGGUGCUGUUGGAGGUGGUGCCGGAAGUGGAGUAGGCGUUGGAGGUGGUGUUGGUGGUGUUGUUGGUGGUGGUGCUGGAGGUGGAAUAGGAAGUGGAGGUAGUGCCGGUGGUGCUGUUGGAAGUGGUGCUGGAGGAGGUGUUGGAGGUGGAAGUGGUGUAGGUGGUGGAGGCGGUCUCGGUGGUGGUCUAGGAGGAGGACUUGGUGGUGGUCUAGGAGGCAGUGGAGGAGUUGGUGGUAGUGUUGGAGGCGGAGCAAAUGUUGGUGUAGGAGCUGGAGCCGGAGGUGGUGUAGGAGGAGGAGUUGGUGGUGGCGGUGGCAUUGGUAACCGACGACACUAA